AUGAUACUCCCAGAACAGCAGCAGCAGUAUCAUCAGCAGCAGCAGAACGCAUGGGAUGAUCAACAUGGUCUACACCCUCCUUCCAGAAUGCAUCCGGAAAUGGGCGCGCUUUCCAUUAAUUCAGUGACCUAUGACUACCCCAAUCAACAAAAUAACUUCAACAUGGGUCCGCAUACCAUCAUCUGUCACACUGUGCCAGCUACAAUAACGACGUUCGCACCUUGGCACGGUGUUCAACAGAAUAUGACCGUACCAGCACCAGGUCGUCAUAGCCAACCAGCCUCUGCGCAGGCCGCUCACCCGUCAGAUGUCUUCGGAGCUCACGAUGAAGCUAUGGCUGCCAUGCCGCCGAGCAACUGGUGCUGUCCGAUCAAUGAUGCGACGCUUCCAGCAACAUGUCAAGACCGGCAGCAGUGGGCCCAGCUGCUUCUCAACGCCGUCAACAACAUUACAAAUAUCCAAGGCAAAGAAGACGAAGCUUUCAAGAAGCGUUGGUUUGUUAAUCCCUUGACCGGACUUGAUUACUACCUGCCUCUAGAUAAGUUAAUUCUAUGUUGGACGGUUGUAGACCUCGCGGAACGUAUGCAUCGCUUCGGACCUUCUGUACUGCACUCAUUUGACGAAGUGCUCUGA